AUGAGAGUCUCUAAACCAAUCGCAGUGCAUGUCUUCGUCGUCUCCCCCGACACGCGCUCAGAGCGGCGGUUCGACCUACACAUUACCGUGCAGCAGCUCAAGAACAAGCUCGAGGUUAUAACCGGGAUCCCCGUCCAGAACCAAUCGAUCGCGCUGUACAACUCGGAGAAUGAUUCGGAGGCACUGUGUGGUCUGAAUGACGACAGCAGACCGCUGGGGUUCUAUGGGAUUAAAGAUUGGCAGGUCCUGAAGAUCACGGACUUGAACCCGGCCACAUCCUUCACCGGACAGCUGAGCGACGUCUCGCAGGUGGAGAAGUUCGAGCUCAGCGAAGGCGAGUAUGCACAACGACAGGACACAGUCCUCUCGUACAAGCAACGCCAUAAGAUUGGACGCUUCGCGGACAAGGAUCAGGAGGAGACGGUUUCGGUGCCACAUCUAGACCUCCCAGUGGGCGCGCGAUGCGAGGUCGAGACGAGCGAGGAAGGGUUCCACAAGCGCGGGACGGUACGGUUCGUCGGGGCCACGAAGUUUGCAAAGACAGGGUUGUGGAUUGGGAUUGAGUACGAUGAGCCCAUAGGGAAGAACGAUGGCUCGGUACAAGGCGAGCGGUAUUUUACCUGCCGGCCUAGUUUUGGCGUAUUUGUGAGACCUGAGAGGGUCAAGGUUGGUGACUUCCCAGUGGAAGAUAUCAAUUUCGAUGAGGAGGAGAUGUGA